AUGGCGACUUCAGCCGCCAGCGGGCUACCUACGACGCGCGUCGACGUCCCCUCAUGGAACGGCGAGGCAGACAAGUUGACGAGCUACAAGUUUGAGGUCUCCAUGUUCACCAAGAGCAUCAAGACUGCGGAGCGCUACGCGUGCGGCCCGCAGCUGGUGCGCGCCCUCGGGGCGCGAGUCCGGACGACGGUGGAGAGCUGCCCGGACAUCGACACGGUCGACGAGAUCGACAAGGAUGGAGUUUUGAUUGGUUGGAACAAAGUGUUUCAGUACGUAUUGGAGAAGCUGGACUUCACCAGCCUGAAUGAUACGGGCCUCCUCGCGGAGGAGUUCUUCCUGAAGGUCAGCCGGAACUCGGGCGAGACCUUCCAGGACUGGGCCACCAGAUUCGAGAAGAAGGAGCGGGAGCUGUGGUGCAGCUCCAAGUCAUUGAUUCCAGCGUGUGGCGACCUCAACUUUGGCAAGACAUACAAGGCCUUGCUCACGCGCUUCCCGGCGGAGGCGCUGGCGGAGCUCGACGGCAAGCAGCACCGUAAGGCCUUCUAUGAGGACACGCCCGUCGACGACGUUGAGGACGAGACUGGUGGGGAAGAUAUUGAUUUCACAGAGGUUGUCGAGCAGCUGAUCACCCUCGCUGAAGAAGAUGAAGAUGAGGAGCCAGCUGACGACAACCCAGCGGACAACGAGGUGUUCGCAGAGUUCAAGCAGGUGGGCAGGAGCUUCAAGGACGCUCGCGACCUGAUCCGACGCCUUCGAGUGUCCCGCGACUACUACCCGGUCGUGUCGCUCAAGGACCCCGAUCGCGUGCCCCCGCCUCCGAACCCGGGACGAGGCUUCCAGCGUGGCCGUGGCAAGAACGGUCGAGGCCGCGCUCGCUUCGACACGGGCAAGGGACGUGACAUGUCCAAGAUGAAGUGCAUCGCGUGCGGCGAAUAUGGUCAUCGAGCGGCGGACUGCAACGAGAGGUUCAAGAAAGAUAAUACGAGAGAUGGAGCUCGUGGGACUACUCACAACGGCUUCGUCCUGUCCGCCCUCGACGAGUACCUCUACCUCCUGGAGCGCGACGGCAUCUGGGCGAUCCUCGACAUCGGGGCCACGAAGAGCCUCGGCGGCCUCGAGAGCGUCGAGAACCUCAUGUACGAGAUGCUGGACCAGCACGGCCAGGAGUUCGAGACGACACAUGACGAGUGCUCAUUCACCUUCGGCGACGGCCUCCAGAAGAGCUCGAUGGGCACGGUGAAGGGGAACGUGUUCCUCGGCGGCGACCUGACCGAGGUCAAGCUGUCGGUGAUGCCGAACCGCGUGCCGAUCCUCCUGGGCAUGGACAUUCUGACUGACUCGCUGAAGGUUGUGGUCGACUGCGGCCGGAACUGGAUCGGCCUUCCGACCAUGGGCAACAAGGUGUUCUUCUGCGAGCGCCUCUCGAGCAACCAUCUGGCCGUCAACCUGACGACGCCGCAGUGGUGGAAGGAGGUGCCGCUUUCCUUGCCGAGUGCCGGGUGCCUGACGUCCGAAGCGACGGCGCCCGAUGUUCUGGUCGAGGAGCUGCCCGAAGAGGCCGCUCCGUGCAGCUGCUGCCCUGCGGGGAUCGACAACUUCGGCUCCAGCGACCCCGACGCCAGCAUCAGCAGCAACACCAGCUAUUCCGGCGCUACCAGCGGCAAGAGCCACACGUGUACGAAGGCGACGGAGGUGACCAUCCGGGAGCAGGCAGUGGCUCUACGCUGGCGGCGCCUGUCCAACAAGCUGACCUCCCCGGAGGUGCAGGGGGGCUGGAAGCUCACUCCGGAGAUGCUCGACGACUCGGAACUGCCGGAGAUGGACUCGAAGAGCCACGACAAGGUCCUUGACGAGAUCUACCAGACCAUCGCCGAGGACCUGACGGAGCUCGGCAGGCCCUACCGCAUCGACCUGAUGGAGGUGUGCUGUCCGGAGGACUCGAGCCUCAGCAAGGCCGUGCAGGACCAGGGAGGCAAAGUGUUCAGGUGCGGCCUCUUCAAUGGGAUCGACAUGGGAACGGCAACCGGGCUUCGACGCGCGCUUCACCUUCUCCGACGACUCCGACCGCGCCGCUUGGUUCUCAGCCCGCCAUGUACAGCAGACUGCCCGAUCCAGAAUCUCAACCAGAAGACAGCUCAGCAGAAGGCCACGUAUCUGGCGAAGGUGCGCAAGGCCCGACGGAUCCAGCGGAACUGCAAGAGCCUCUGGGAAGACUCGAAGAAGAUUCACGACUGCCACACCGAGCUCGAACAGCCAGCUGCCAGCCGAAGCUGGACCAGGUCGCCCUCGAUCAAGGCGAUGCGCGACCAGAUGCACGAGACGAUCAUCCAUGGCUGUGCGUAUGGACUUCGCGAAGCUCGUUCCGGCCUGCUGAUGAGGAAGGCAUGGCGCAUAUGCUCGACAGACCCGGAGUUCGGCGCUAAGCUCGGCAGGUACGGCAAGGAGAUCUUCACCAGCUUGGAACAGAUCCCAGAGGACGCUGAAGAGGAGAUGGAGGAGGCCCUCGACGAGGACCUCUUGCAGGAUAACCCCGAGGCCAUGGACGACGAGUCGGUCAUGAAGGGCCUGGGCAUCUCCGAGACACCGACCAAGAAGGAGGAGCUGGAGAUAGAGCAACGGCUGACGCGGCUCCACCGCAACCUCGGCCACCCGAGCAACAAGACGCUGUACAAGAUCCUCAAGGCAUCGGGAGCACCUCUCCAGGUCCUACGAGCAGCUCUUCGCCUCCAGUGUCACGCAUGCCAUGCGGGACAACUACCAAAAGCCGUCAGGGUCGCCUCGGGCAUCGAGUUGCCAGGCGUCCUAGAGGUGCUGGCCUCCGACGGGCUCGAGUGGCUCUCGCCGAAGCAGGACUCCUUCCUGAUGACGUUGAACAUCGACGAGGGAUCCGGGCUCACCAGUGUCACCUAUCAUGGACAGAAGGGAGAGCGCAAUGGCAACAGAUCGACUCAGGAGGUGAUUUCAACAUGGAAUGACUGGUGCGGACAUUACCGCCGCCCCAGCCUUCUCCGUCUGGACCCCGAAGGUUGUCAUCGUUCACAAGCAGUGGCCAGGUGGUGUUCGGACCGCGGCAUCGAGCUGUGGAUUGCCCCGGGCGAGGCCCACUGGCUGAUGGGCAAGGUCGAGAGGCGCAUCCAGCUUUUCAAGCGACUGAUGACGAAGCUGGCAACGCUGGACCCCGACUGCCCGGUCGAGGAGUUGGUGUCCUGGGCCGUGAGCGCGAUCAACAGCAUGGACAAGGUCGGCAACCACUCCCCGUUCGAGCACGUGAUGGGCGUCUCUGGGAUGCCGGCCUCGAGCAACCCGUUCGCCAUCAUUGACGGGGACACCGGGGAGACUCAGGAGCAGAGGCGCCUCCUCGCGCGCAAAAGCUUCCUGGAAGUAGAGUAUGCUGAGCGUCGUCGACACGCCGAACAGGCCCGCAACCGGGUCUAUCAGACCUGGAAUCCGGGGGACCUCGUCUACUUCUGGCGCAAAGGGAAAGGCCUUGACCCUCGCCCUGGGAAGAAGGGCGGAUGGUACGGCCCUGCUCGUGUCCUUGCUCAGGAAAAACGACACGUGGACGGGCGCACCCGUCCUGCCUCGGUCAUCUGGAUCUCCCACGGGAGCGUGCUCAUCAGGUGCGCCCCGGAGCAGCUGCGCGUCGCCUCGGAGGCAGAGAAGAUGAUCGUCGAAUUGCAGCGGCAGAGCAACCUUGGCAAGACCAUGACGGAGAUCUUGGAGACAGCCAAGGGCGGUACCUAUGAAGACCUUCUCGGACAAAAUCCUCCAGACCUCCGAGAAUACGAGCCUCCACCGCAGCCGACGAUGGCGAUCCCCGCGACCGAGGGCCAGACUCUCGAGAACAACAGCGAGGCGGGACUCCCCUCAGGCGAGUCGAGACCUCGAUGGCGCAUGACACACCGCGGACCAGAGCUCGAUCUGCACGCACCGCCGGAGAAGCGACAGAAAGGCGCAGACGAGGAGAUGGCCGACGCGCUGUUCGACAGCAACCACCUGGUCGACCUCUUCAAGGACAAGCUGGACAUCACCCUCGGCAUCGACGAACAGCAGACCGUCUACUUCGAGUACUUGCAGGACGAGAAUACCACUCCAGACGGACGCCGAGGUUUGAUGAGCCACAUCCUGGACAACUUCGUCGUCAACCAGCGCCGGAAGGACAAGGUGGAGCUGACCUGGUCCAAGAUGAACGCCACCGAGCGUAAGGAGUUCGAGGCAGCCAUCGCCAAGGAGACGAACAACUGGGUCCAGCAUCAGGGACUUCGCGCUGUCCCGAUAUCUCGGGUCAAGGACGCGGCGGACGUCAUCCGGGCAAGGUGGCUCUUCACCCGCAAGUCCGAUGGGAAGGCGAAGGCCCGGCUCGUCCUCCUCGGCUACCAGACGAAGGACCUAGGACAGGAGCCGACAGCCAGCCCCACCGCGUCUCGGCGCGCCCGUCACGUGAUGCUAACAGUGGCCGCCGCGAACCGCUGGAAAAUCAUCAAGGGCGACGUCACCUCCGCCUUUCUGCAGGCCCACGACCUCGACAAGGACCUCUUCAUCGAGCCAGACGCCGUCCUCAGAAAGGCCUUCCACGUGCAGGAAGGGGAAAUCCUCCAGGUCGUGAAACCUGGAUAUGGGAUCGGCGAGGCGCCCCGGCACUGGUGGGAGACGGUCAAGCACGACUUUGCGAAACUUCGACUCCAAGCCUGCGAGUUGGAGCCCUGCCUCUGGAAAGCACGAUGUUCCAGGACGGGUAUGCUCAUCGGUAUGAUCAUGGCCCACGUCGACGACUUCAUCAUGGCAGGAGAUACCUCCCACCCUGAGUGGCAGGACAUGGUCAAGCAGAUCCGAGGGCUCUACAAGUGGGGCACCUGGGAGGACAUGAAUGACGGGCUCACCUCUCUCGAACAGUGCGGCGUCACCAUCGAGGAGAGCGAGCAGGGCUUCUUCCUCCACCAGAAGUCGUACAUCGACAAGAUCAAGGAGGUCAAGGCGGCCAGCGGCAGUAAGCAUCGGACCACCGACAGCCUCAAGGACUCUGACAAGACGGUGCUCAGGGCGUUCUGCGGCGAGAUCUACUGGCUUGGCGUGAAUACCAUGCCAUUUCUCUUAUCGUGGGUAGCCGACCUCCAGAUGAAGAUACCAGCAGGUACUCACAACCUCUUCACGGCCGCUAACAACAUCGUCAAGCUCGUCAAGCAGAGCCGCCACAUGGGGAUCAGGAUCUACCGGCACGCCCUGGACGACCUCGCCAUCUUCACCUGGUGCGACGCAGCCUGGGCCAGCCGCCCGGAUGGACACUCCCAGGGUGGUCAUAUCACCGCUAUCUCCUCCAAGGCGGCCAUGGACGGGAAGCUCUCCGAGUUCACGGUCCUCGACUGGGGCUCCAAGAAGCUGCGCCGCGUGGCUCGGUCAAGCCUGGCGGCGGAGGUGCAGGAAGCCGGCGACGCCGAAGGCGAACAGAGCAUG